AUGAUUACCUCCUUGUUACUAAAUAAGAAAUACUUAAAUAAAAACUCUUACAAAAAUAUUAUGUGUAGUAAUAUUAAAAAAGAUUUAAAUAAAUAUUUCUCAAAUUUUUUAUCAUGUAAAAUUCAACCUAAAUCAACUAGCCUAAUAUUUUCUAAUGAUAAGAAAUACUUCGGAGUAAAAAGAGUUGUUCAAAAAAGAAAAUAUAUGUUAAAAUUAAUACAACCACACCAAGAAAAAUUUGAUAUAGAAAAAUAUAGGGAUUAUAUAGAAAAAGAAAAAUUAAGCGAAAAAAUAAAUAUAAACAAUAUAAAUAUUGAUAAUGAUAAAGAAGUUGAGUUAUAUGAAAAUUAUUUAUUAAAUUACAAAUAUAAUAAAAGGGAGGUUGAAAAAAACGCGACUCUUCCUUUAUCUUUAUUAUCUUCUUCCUUUAUAAGAAGAACUAUUUAUUCAAAUAGAGAAGAUGUUUUAAAAAAUUUAAAAAACAUUAACUGGAAAAAAUAUUGCUGCAAUGUUAAAGGAGUAAGAUGGCAUGCUAGUGGGGCAUGGCGUGUCUUAUUUUGCAAAAGAAACUACCAACAUAAUUUUUUUGUUAAAUGUGACUGUUAUUUUCGUGUAAGUAUAUAUGGUUUUGAAAAAAGUAAAGAAUUAGCUGUUCUUUAUAGAAAACGACUUGAAUAUGAAUAUCUUUUACUAAUGAAAAGAUGGAAAGAAAUUGAAAUAGAAAAUGCCAAAAAAAGAAAAAUAAAAAAGGAAUCUGAAAAAAAAAAUGAAAAUUCUGAAGACGAAGACAAUAUAGAAAAAAUUGAUAAUGAAUAUUACAAUAAUGAAAAUUCAAAACAACAAACUGUGAAUCAUUAA